GAGUAUUUCGACUCACGUUUCAUUGUUUUAUCGCCUAUUGAAAAUUAUUUCUUUAGUAGUCCACUUAGUAUAGAAAUUAGUAUAUCUUUGAGUAUUUUAUUUUGUACUUCAAUCGAUAUGGGAUGAUCUGAUUAACCAAAAAGUAUUUAUUCUAAAUGAUAUAGAUUAAACCGAAUUAGAUACUAUCAAAAUGAAGGUCGUUAUAGGAACCAUCUUAUUAUGUGUAUAUGCUUCAGCUAAAUCAUACAAAGAUGAAAACAUUGUUGUAGAAACAAUUCCUGGAGGUUUGAGCGGUACCGGUACCACUACCCGUUACUGGGAUUGCUGUAAACCAACUUGUGCUUGGCCAGGAAACGUUAAUUAUCAAACUCCCGUCAAAUCGUGCAAAAAUAACGGUGUCGAUGCCCAAGAUCCCGAAAUUCAAUCUGGAUGUGUUGAAAAUGGAGCUGCUUACGUUUGCAAUGAUCAAUCUCAGCAGGCUAUCAAUAGCUCCUUGGCGCUUGGUUUCGUGGCAGCUAAAUUCAUCAAUACAAAUAGAAAUAUGUGUUGUUCUUGUGUGAAAUUCACGUUCACUCCUCAAGAGCUCGCCGGGAAACAGAUGAUUCUACAGGUUACCAAUACAGGAAAUGAUGAUCCCGACGCACAACAUAACGAAUUCGACAUUGCUAUGCCGGGUAGUGGAGUCGGAUACUACACGCAAGGGUGCUCCUCCCAAUGGAACGUUGACGUAUCAAAUUGGGGCGAUCAAUAUGGCGGAGUACACAGUGAGUCAGAAUGUUAUAAUCUUCCUCAAGCCCUUUGGGAAGGAUGUAAAUUUAGAUUCGAAUGGAUGUUGGGCUAUUCUAAUCCUGACGUUGUAUUUGAAGAAGUACAGUGCCCUCAACAAUUACUCGAUAUCAGUGGCUGUCAUCCCCUCUAAGAACAUAAUUUGUAAAUAAAUUGUACUUUUGA